UGAACCGUCAUCUUCAGCAAACAUUCAGGAUACAUCCAAAAAUUCCAUGUCCGGAAACACGGAGUCAAGCAGUGUGGAUUCACGAUUUCAGUGUUACCACAGGACUUUUCCAGAAUCUGUAACAGCUGAUUACAGUGAUUUCGAUACUGUUGAACCAACUGUUGCAAUAUUCAAGAAAGCACGACGAGGCAGAAGACCAUCGAAGAGAAAAGUGACCUACCAUCAGUGUUCCCAUGCCGGGUGUACAAAGACUUACACAAAGAGUUCACACUUGAAAGCUCAUGUGAGGACACAUACUGGCGAGAAGCCCUAUGCCUGCUCGUGGCGUGGAUGUGAUUGGAAAUUUGCUCGUUCUGACGAGCUCACCAGGCACUUUAGAAAACAUACCGGAGACCGACCUUUCAAGUGUGCGAACUGCGAGAAAGCUUUCUCGAGAUCUGAUCACUUAGCUCUACAUCUGAAACGUCACAUGGAAAUACUUUAAUUAAUAAGAAUUUCAAGAUGCGGAUUAUUUCCCAAAUGUCAAAAAAUAAGCCGAUGAUUUGAUAAAUCAAGUAAAGAAAAACCGAAGGAGAUCUAGGAAAUCUACGGAUUCUGCUUGGGAAGCCAGUUGUUUAUUCCCAUCGAAUUUUGAAAUUUGUCACUGUUUUCAUCAACAGAUGGCGCUAUUUAAUAAGAAAAUUUUUAAAUGAAUGUUUUCAAACAACCACUAUUAGUAUCAUAACGUGGUGUAUUCUGAAGCCCGUGUAAAUGUCAUAUUUAUAUUAAAUGAACAAAACUUUAAAAAAAUGCGUGCUGAAAAUAAAAAUAAAAACCUUUUUAGCUCACUUCUUGCCAUACAUAAUUUCCGGACAUUUUUGCUGUAACUCUUCAUCAUCAUUCAUUCUUCCUUAAU